AAAUUAUCUCUAGAGUAUAAUUUUUAUAUGUCCAAAAAAAUUAAACUUUACGGCAUAGAUAUUGAAAGUGAUGAUGAUGUAGAAUAUGUCCCUGAAGAAUCAGAUGAUUCCAAUCAUAACAAAAAUACAAAUCAUCCUAAAAUAUUAAAUAUUGAUGAGAUCUACUAAGAAAUGAAAAAAAUUGAUCUUUAUCAACCUAAGAUUUGUACCAAGACUCCAUAGUAAAUUGUAAAGGAAGUACUUGAUGGUAAUCAAUUAUUGUAUCCAAAGAACAGAAUCGUGUUUAAGUGAAACGAGUCAAAUUUGCCGGAAAAUCAUUUUUAAUUAAUGAUAAAGGGGAAAUAUAAGAAGAAAACAUAGAACCUGCAUAAUCUAAAUAAGUUAAAUAACCUACUGGAAAUUGUAAUCAAUAAUCUUAUAUUAGCUUUGUCUAUGAGAGAGUUGAGAGAGAGCUUUCGAUAUUACAGAGAAGUUAUUAAGAAAUUGACCAAUAAAGCAAAGACCAUUAAUUCUGUGACUAAAUCGAAAUUAGAUUGGAAGUAAUAUACGACAAAAGAAAAACUUGAAUCAUAAAUGGAAUAAAAAAGAAAGAGUGGUUAGGGAAUCCUUGAGAAAGCCAAGUUUAUCAAUAGAACCAAUGAAAGAGUUAAAUCAAUUAGACAUAAUAAAAUUAAAAAAUUAUGA